UUUUUUCAGCAGGGACAGGAAACUGGUCAGAUUUGAUGUGAAAAUGGAUGGAGCUGCAGGGAAACCCCGAUAGAGGCAAAUGCCAACUCUAAACUCCCAAGUGCAGUCCUGGAGAGUUACUGUCCUGCAAUUUUUGGAUCCAUCCCUGCUCCAACAUGCUUGAAUCAAAUGAAGGGCUUGUUACCAGGUCUCUGCAGAACUGAGUAAGAUGAUGAGGGAAUUCAGCCAUUUAAUUAAGGUGUGCUGCAGAAGGGAUGUAGGAUAGAAGCUCUUGAGGAAUGGACCUACGCUUCCCUGGUUUAUAUCAAAGCAUAUUGAAUUAUAAUAAACUUGUCAAUAUCUAGACCUCUAUGCAAAUGACAAUCUAGAAUCACCUGUUUGCUGUUCACAGUUGCUCUCCAUUCAAUAUGACUGAUGUUCAGCUCUUUUCCAAAAACGAUGGGUAAAUAAUACACAUAAAACCCAAUAGAAAACAUUGAAGAAAACAAAAUCCCAAAAUAUUCCUUUAAAAUUUGCAACAAAUAAUUGCAAUGACACUUGCUCGUCACUAGGAGUCGCACGAAUUAAAGUUUCUGCUCCAGCUGCCUACAAGUCCAGACAGAGGGCACUCAUUACCCGGCAGGCACUUUACCCGUGUUUUAAAGCAAGAUGGCAGCUGUUGUUGAGAAUGUUGUCAAACUAUUGGGAGAGCAGUACUACAGAGAUGCUUUGGAGCAGUGUCACAACUACAACGCCAGGCUGUGUGCCGAGAGGAGCGUUCGAAUGCCGUUCCUGGACUCACAGACCGGCGUGGCUCAGAGCAACUGCUACAUCUGGAUGGAGAAGAGACACAGGGGACCAGGCGUGGCUCCUGGGCAGCUGUAUACUUACCCAGCCAGGAGGUGGAGGAAGAAACGGAGAUCUCAUCCUCCAGAAGACCCGCGGCUCAUCUUCCCUCCUGUCAAGUCAGAGGUAGAGUUAGGGCUGAAGAAGGAUGUCCUGCUGUCAUCGGAUGGCAGCAGCUUGGAGGCCCUGCUGAAGGGGGAACCUUUGGACAAACGGACAGCCGCAGACGUCCGGGGAUCAGAGGAAGACUCCAAUCAGAGCGAUUACACCGGAAGCCUAAACCCUGCCACCCGGAUUAGAAAGAGAAUCCUCGAGCCAGAUGACUUCCUGGAUGACCUGGAUGAUGAAGACUACGAGGAAGACACGCCUAAAAGAAGAGGCAAAGGGAAAGGGAAGGGUCGAGGAGUGGGCAGCAGCAGGAAGAAGCUGGACACAGCAGCACUGGAGGACAGAGACAAGCCCUAUGCCUGUGACAACUCUAUCAAACAAAAGCACAUUUCAAAACCUUCCGAAAGAGUCUGUGGGAAGCGCUACAAGAACCGUCCAGGCCUGAGCUACCACUAUGCCCACUCCCACCUGGCUGAGGAGGAGGGUGAGGAGAAGGACGACAUGGAAAUGGAGCCGGCCCUACCUCUGCCAGAGGAACCGAAAACUCCCAAGAAAGGCCCAGACGGUAUUGCAUUGCCUAAUAAUUACUGUGAUUUCUGCUUGGGAGACUCCAAAACCAAUCACAAGACGGGCCAAUCAGAAGAGUUGGUGUCCUGUUCUGACUGUGGACGUUCGGGCCACCCCUCCUGCCUGCAGUUUACUCCUGUAAUGAUGGCUGCUGUGAAGACGUAUCGCUGGCAGUGCAUAGAGUGCAAGUGCUGCAACAUUUGUGGUACCUCUGAAAAUGAUCUUCUCUUCUGUGACGACUGCGACAGAGGCUAUCACAUGUACUGUCUCAACCCGCCGAUGUCUGAGCCUCCAGAAGGGAGCUGGAGCUGUCAUUUAUGUCUGGACCUUUUGAAAGACAAGGCAUCUAUAUACCAGAAUCAGAACGCACCGACGUCGUGAUGGCUGCUCCGGCUUGCUCUCCGUCAUCACCCAACUGUCCGGCAGCAUUGUGGUUUACCCCUGAAAGUACACCUUAAGCUCUCCCCAUCUGAUGUCAACAGGGGGUUGGAGGGGUAUGCCUGACCAGACUGGCCUCAGUUAGCUUCAGAUAUGACUGUUACACAGUCCCCGCCUCAGAUCCAGUCUAAUGGGUUUUUAUUUUCAUCCACCUGCCACUUGGCCAGUUUGGCAUCACAUUUCAGAGACGCAUCAUAAGCAGCCAAACUUUCACUUUGUGUUGAGCUUUUAUACCUAAAGUUGCUAAAGCUUCGUCUCUGUCCUGUAAUGUACGGAUUUUAUGGAGUUCAAAAAGCUUGAUCAUAGUGAAAACAGAUACCUUUUAUAAUAUUUAUAUAUUUCUAUGUUAAAGCUUAUUAUGUAUGUAAAGCAUUGGGGGGGGGUGGAAGGAAUGAUUGUGUUUAAUAUUAGCACCUAUCUUUAUUAGUGGAAACCCCACAACCACGUCAUUUUUGUUUUUUUACAGGGCUGCUUGAAUUUUUUUGUUCACCUGAUACGGUCAAAGGGAUUAACUUAGAUUCUUUAUGGUUCGAGAUCUUUACAACAAAACAAACAGGAAACGAAGUCAAAAUAGAAUCCCUGAUGUUUAUCAGCGUGAGUCCAAAGGCUGCGCUACUUCAAAGAUGGCAGGUUAGACUUUCAUCUCUCGGUCAGUGUUGGCUUAUCGAGCGCUGCUCAUAGUCAUGGUGAUGCAUUGAUAUGCACACAGUGGCAUAUGGUGAUGUUUUUCUGAUGAGAAAUUAUUUCAAAGCUAUUUCCACCUUUUGUGACGUAUAUUUUGUAUUUUUUAAAACAGCCUGUUAGAAGAGUGAAAUUAUAAAUAUCAAUACCUGCAAUAACAUGUCUGUAUAAAUGUACAUCCUUAGACAAAUACGGAGUUGAAGUUCCUUUUGAUCCAGUUUAAACACAUUUAACAUCAAAUACAUCUGAAUCUGGCUAUAAAACAUCAAAAGGAACUCAUUGUACAGAGGUGUCGGUCAGAAGAUAGGUACAGAAAAUUUCCACAGUAUUAUAGAUAUACACUAUAUGGGAAAGCGAAGACGGUCAUCAUUAAUUGGAGACUAUAUGGGACAUUAAAGCUAAAGAUGAGACAGAAAAUAAACAGAGCUGCAGAGAGGCCAACCGCAACACUGAAGGAGCUGCAGGAACUUCUAACACGGACUUUUUGUGUUCUAUGUUUGAAAAGUGUCCUGCAGUAUCCAUUUGUCUGGACUAAGGUUGAAGAAAGAAGCCUUUGUUUCCAAAGAAAACAACCGACCUAGCCAAAAUGUGCUAAAACCACGUGGGAGGAAGUGUUCUGGCCUGAGGAAACAUGUUUUAGGGUCAUAACUCCGGAAGGAAGGUUUGGAACAAAAGCAUUUCACAGCCGCAAUGGAACCCCAUAGCCACAGAGAAACAUGGUGGUGGCAGCAUAAUGAUCUGGGGUUGCUUUUCUUCAGAUGGAAGGAUUCCGACAUGUUGGAUGAAGUUAUGAACCCCAAACCGUCUGGUGUCCGUUAGAGAGCUGAAGGUGAACGGCUUCCCUAGAAGAAAAUAAAGUCCCUAAAAGGACAAGAGAUGUCCGAUGUAUGUUAUUCACUAAUGGUCCCCCUAACCAAAGAAAACAGAAGGCUGUUUUUGGAUCAUAAAGUAUUAGCUUAAGGAUGUGCACUCCUAUGCAACCAGGUUAUGGAAGCUCGUACUCGUACUCGUCAUCUUCCGCUUUAUCCGGGACCGGGUCACGGGGGCAGCAGACUCAACAGAGACGCCCAGACGUCCCUCUCUCCAGACACCUCCUCCAGUUCCUCCAGGGGGAGCCCAA